AUGCCUCAAGAAGUCCGUGAUGUCGCCCAGAGACUCUUGAUAAGCAAAAAACCGAUGUUUCCAAAGCUAAUAAUAGCUUUUGGAACACUUCGUCACCUGCAUCGUCAUCGUCAUCAAAUGACAUGCUUUGUUCCUGACGAAGAUGUGCCGUUGAAAGCCAAUGGUUCAUUAGAUAUCCUUGAAGUGAUAAAGUCAGCCGUACAUACUUUUGACAAGGAUACUAUUGAAAUAGGUUCUUCCCGCUCUAGCUACAUUAGAGCAGUGGUCAUGUCGAUAGUAGAUGUGCAUGCAGCUAGUCCUUAUGCAAUGUUUAUUGGCAAUUUGGGUAUAGCUAAUGUCGAAUCAGCAAGCUACUGGGUCGUUCGUCAUUUAAAACAUUUACGUUUUAUUUGGGGUUAUCGUACUUGUAGCUACAUGGACGCAAAUAUUCUUGGGAUUGAUUAA